AAAACGAGCGCGCGAAACUUAAACGAUUCAGUUGUCUUUUGAAUUUCCAGCGGUGUGGUUGUGUUUCUUUGGAACCGGUUUGCCGUGCUAUUGAAUUUGUAAACGUGACGUGCUGCGCCAAACGCAGACAGAAAUUGAAACUAUUUACCUUUUAACUGAAUAAGGUUGUCAAAUAUUAGCAUAGACAAAAGUUUCGCCACGCGAGUGCAUAGAAAACGCAUCAGCCCACAUAAUUAAGUGUAUGUGCAUUUCGGCAGACAUCCAAACGUUAAUGUUAACAAUGUUGAUUUUGCUAUUUGUCAUCGGUAUUGUUGUGUGCGGCUUUAUAUUCAGCAAGACUACCAAGGGUAUACCCAAGUCGUGGUUCGAAUGGAAGACAGAGUUCCGUUACCAGUAUUUGGGUAUUGUGGGCCUUCUACACGAUGCACGGUACGCGUCGAGGGAUCGUGUAGUACUCUACAAGCAACCGGAUCGCAUUGCUGUAAUUACGGGCGGCAAUCGCGGCAUCGGGCUGCGCAUUGUGGAGAAAUUGCUGGCAUGCGAUAUGACUGUCGUAAUGGGCGUUCGUGAUCCUCGCAGUGCCGAGGUCGCCGUUGGCGGCAUUGUGGAUCUAAGCCAGACGAAGGGCAAGCUUAUCUGUGAGCAACUCGAUGUGGGGGAUCUGAAGUCGGUGCGCGCCUUCGCGGAGCGUAUCUCGCAGAAAUAUCAAAAAAUCGAUUUGCUGCUGAACAAUGCGGGAAUUAUGUUUGCGCCGUUCAAGCUCACGGCCGAUGGCUACGAGUCGCACUUUGCCAUCAACUACCUGGGCCACUUUAUGCUCACGCACCUGCUGCUGCCGAAGCUGCGCGCGGCCGGACAGAAGGGUAAGAAUGCGCGCAUUGUAAACGUGAGCUCCUGCGUAAAUCUCAUUGGCCGCAUCAACUACAAGGACAUCAAUGGACUCAAGAACUAUUAUCCCGGAACUGCGUACAGUCAGUCGAAAUUAGCGCAGAUUCUCUUCACACGUCACCUGCAAACGCUGCUUGACGCGGAGAAGGCCCAUGUGCAGGUGAAUGUGGUGCAUCCCGGCAUUGUGGACACGGAUCUAUUCGAGCACUCGGCCACCACGGCCGUGCCGUUCUUUAAGAAGAUCUUCUUCAAGACUCCAGAGCGUGGCUCACGCACGGUUGUCUUUGCGGCCAUAGAUCCAUCGAUCGAGGGACUGGGCGGCACAUAUCUGAGCAAUGGCGGCAAGGGUCCUUUCCAUGCGGACGCCAAGCAGCCGGAGAAGUGCGAAAAGCUCUUUCAACAUUCCUGCGAUCUGCUCAAAAUCAAACAGUACGGAAAUGGCGAAUAUACUCUCUAAUUGUCAAUUAAUCAAAGCCUGUUCUUAACACUCCUCAACUGGUGCAACGUACUUUUUCUAAUAAGAUAUUCUUCUAAUAGUCAUCUUAUAUUAAAAUAACACAAUCGGAUUGACUAAGA